GAGCGGGAGGAGCAGCAGGAGGAGAGACAGGAGCAGCAGGAGCAGCAGGAGCGGGAGGAGCAGCAGGAGCAGCAGGAGCGGGGCAGCAGGAGGAUGCGUUGUGUCCUGGCGGGACCGUCCCGCGCAGCUCUGCGCCUGUAAGGGGGGAACGUGUGCAGAUGAGGCGGGGGCCGCUGUCUGACGGGACAUCGUUCAGAGCCGUUUGGGGAAGGGGUCGCUCGGCCGUGGGACGGGGCCGUCCCACGCCCCCCCGUCGGCCCGUGGCGCUCGGGGGACUCCCUGACACCAAGAUGGACCUCUGCCUCCGGGCCCUGCCGCCAAAUUCUCAGGACCCGACACCCCGCGCUCUCCCUCUCCGCGAACGCUCCCUGUCCCGCCACUGAGGGGUACCAGAGCCACCGCCUGGAGGAAUCCCGCCAUCGACCCCAACCCCCCACCCCACCCGGGACCAGCCCCUUCUGAGAUUCCGUCCGGUCGCGUUGGGAGGACAAUGAGCUCUGAGCGGGAGCCCUUCUGCAGAUUUCUCCAGUAUGUCGAGGACAGCGGACUGAGAGCCUACGACGGUCUGGUCCUCCAGAACGCCUCGGACAUCGCCCGCGAGAGCGACCGCGUGAGGAAUGAGGCCAACUGGGCGUACCUGCAGGAGAAGAACCUGAAGAAGAGGAAACAGGAAGAAGCCAUAAAAAGGAUCGGCGAGGACGUUGCCAGGGGGACGGACGGCACGUAUCCAGGGAAACACUUCCGCAUGGGCUUCAUGACGAUGCCCGCCCCCCAGGACCGGCUGCCCCACCCCUGCGGGACGGGCUUCUCCGUGCGCUCGCAGUCCCUGCACUCCGUCGGGGGCGGGGACGAGGACAGCAGCCCCACCUCCCGAAAGCAGCCCCCCCCGAAGCCCCGGAGGGACCCCAGCACCAAGCUGAGCGUCUCCUCGGAGACGGUGUACCCCGGGUCCGGCACGGGCUCCGGCACGGGCCGACCGGGGAAAGAGCUGGACAAGGGUGACGGGUCCAGGCCCAGCAACGAGGACCUCCGCCGGGUCCCUCCCCCCAAACCCAAGCGCAACCCCAACACCCAGCUGAGCACGUCCUUCGACGAGUCCUACAUCCGUAACCACGCCUCCUCCUGCUGCUGGGCCCCCCGGCGGGACACGCCCCCGCCGCUGACGCCGAGCCCCGCCCGGGACGCUGGCGAGGACGAGCCCGUCUACAUCGAGAUGGUGGGCAGCACCCUGCGGGACCCCCCGCGGGACGGGGAGGAGCCGGGCGAGGCCGUGUACGAGGAGAUGAAGUACCCCUCCUUCGACGAGCCCGCCCACGACGGCCUCCGCUGGGACCCCGCGGGCGGCUGCCCCUCCCAGUGCUCCACCCCCGUCGUCCCGGACGCCGCCGAGGCGGGGCGGGCGGCCACGCCCAGGGGCUCGCUGUGCGAGAUCCCCUCCCCCUUCCCCAACCUGCUCUCCCACCGGCCCCCGCUGCUGGUGUUCCCCCCCUCGCCGGCCCAGUGCUCCCCAAACUCGGACGAGUCGCCCCUCACCCCCCUGGACGUCACCAAGCUGCCCGUGCUGGAGAACGUGGCCUACGUCAAGGCCGGGGCGUCGCCCACGUCCGGGGGCGGGGAGCCCCAGAGCUCCGCCCUCUCCUCGUCCUCCUCCUCUUCCUCAUCGUCCCACCGCAAGGCGGAGAGGGAGCUGCCGUCCACGCACACCAUCACGGCGUCGGGCCGCUCCUCGGCCCCGCCCCUCCCCUCCACGCUGUACAAGGCGGCGGCGUCGGCGCACGGCUACCCGCGCAGCCACUCGGCCUGCCCCUCCCCCGUCAGCGUGGGCCGCGCCCUCACGCCGCUCAGCCUGAAGAGGCCGCCGCCGCCCUACGACGCCCUGGCGCCGGCGCCGCCCGCCGCGGGGGGGAUCCCGCGCAGCGCCUCCGCCGUGCCGCACUCGGCCAAGGGCUCCGCCCCCCUGGCGGACGCCGCCGCCGCCUCCCGCCUCUCGGGCUCGGUGCAGAACGUGUCGCGCUCGCGCACGCCCACCAGCCCGCUGGACGAGCUCACCAGCCUCUUCACCACCGGCCGCAACAUGCUGAAGAAGUCCUCCGGCGGCAGGAAGUCCAAGGAGCCCGCCGAGAGUGAGGCCAAGAGCCGGUGUCACAGCGCCGAGCCAAUCCCGAGACGAGACAGCAAGGACAAAGGAAGUCACAUCAGCGAACACAGGCGAGACAGCAAGGACAAAGGAAGUCACAUCAGCGAACACAGGCGAGACAGCAAAGACAAAGGAAGUCACAUCAGCGAACACAGGCGAGACAGUAAAGACAAAGGAAGUUACAGCGUCGAACACAGGCGGGACAGUAAAGACAAAGGAAGUCACAUCAGCGAACACAGGCGAGACAGCAAGGACAAAGGAAGUUACAGCGUCGAACACAGGCGAGACAGUAAGGACAAAGGAAGUUACAGCAAUGAACACAGGCGGGACAGCAAGGACAAAGGAAGUCACAUCAGCGAACACAGGCGAGACAGCAAGGACAAAGGAAGUUACAGCAGUGAACACAGGCGAGACAGUAAAGACAAAGGAAGUUACAGCGUCGAACACAGGCGAGACAGUAAGGACAAAGGAAGUUACAGCGUCGAACACAGGCGAGACAGCAAGGACAAAGGAAGUCACAUCAGCGAACACAGGCGAGACAGCAAAGACAAAGGAAGUUACAGCGUCGAACACAGUCGGGACAGCAAGGACAAAGGAAGUUACAGCGUCGAACACAGGCUGGACAGCAAGGACAAAGGAAGUUGCAAUGGAGAGUACAGGCGAGACAGCAAAGACAGAGGGACCAAUCACGCGGGGGGACUGGAGUUCGCCAAGGGGCAUGAAGCAGACGAGUUGCCCGGGCAACAGACAGUGGCCACGCCCACCCACCUCGUCCACUCCUCCCUCAGUCCCAGUCCGCCUCUCAGGAGUAGCUGCUCUGCAGAACUGAAGCCUGCGUCUAAGCUGGGCCGGUCAGUGUCCACGUCCGGCACGACCCCCCCCAUGGGGACGCCCCAGCGACACGUCCCAGACUUGCAGCAGACCCAGCAGGUGGCGCUGGUGCCGUGGGCCUGUGGGGACAGCACGAUGAUGGAGACCAUAGAGAAGAAGCGCAGCCUGUGCCGGGAGAUUCGGGCGCGGAGGGGGGCGGAGCGGGGCCUGUGCAAGCAGGAGAGCAUGCCCGCCCUGCCCAGCUGGAGAAAGAGCAACGGCCCCAAGCAGCACAGCCCGCCCCCCUACUCCACCCACACCACCGUCUUCUGGGACACUGCCAUCUGAUUGGCUCUCGCGUUCACUGCCACACGCACACACCCCACCCCCACCCCCCACCCACCUCUACAAGUGCUGGGAGCCAAUCAGAGAGGCCGGGGCGAAGAAGACUGCGGUGGGUGGCCCAAUGUAGCAAAUAAAUGAGUCUGAGGGUUUCAGAUCAUCGAUGUUUCUAAUCGCUAUUUAUAUUUCAUAUUUUUCUAUUUGAUCUGAUUCUAUAUAAUCUGCUUAGUAUUAUUAGAUAUUUUCUAAACGAAAACUGAAUAAACAAAAAUGAAACGGAUUAGUGUAGAUUUAGAGGAAUCCGAUGUUUAAUUUUCUGUUUUCUUACCUUAUUUUAGUAUUAAUGUUCAGAGGAACUUGUAUGCAUCAAUAUCUAGUGAAAAAAAGAGGAAAAAAAGUGAUGUCAAGCCAAUUUCAGUGAGGAAUUUCACUGUAUUUUAUAUCAAUCUAAAAGAUGAAUUAACUGUGGUGGUUGAGGUAAAAAAAAAAGCACUAUUUUAAAUGGAGUAUAUUUUGACACCUUGGGUCCCGACCUUGUUAGUUGUGUGUUGAACACGCAAAGGUGGCAAAUAUUCUGCUGCCAAUCUGUGUGAGUCUCAGCAGUGAGUCUCAGUGGUGAUUCUCAGUGGUGAAUUUCAGCUGUGAGUCUCAUCGGUAAGUCUCAGUGGUGAGUCUCAACUGUGAGUCUUAGCUGUGAGUCUCAGUGGUGAGUCUCAUCGGUGAAUCUCAGCUGUGAGUCUCAGCGGUGAGUCUCAUCAGUGAAUUUCUGCUGUGAGUCUCAGCUGUGAGUCUUAUCGGUGAGUCUUAUCGGUGAGUCUCAGCUGUGAGUCUCAGCGGUGAGUCUUAUCGGUGAGUCUCAGCGGUGAGUCUUAUCGGUGAGUCUCAGCUGUGAGUCUUAGCAGUGAGUCUCAGCGGUGAGUCUCAGUGGUGAAUUUCAGCUGUGAGUCUCAGUGGUGAUCCUCAUUGGUGAGUCUCAUCGGUGAGUCUCAGUGGUGAGUCUUAGUAGUGAGUCUCAGCGGUGAAUCUGAGCGGUGAAUCUCAGCUGUGAGUCUCAUCGGUGAGUCUCAGCUGUGGUCCCUGGAUGGCUGAGGCUCAUUUGAUGUUUACCUGAAAAAAGCCUGACUUUGCCCAGUGAGACUGGG